GGUGGAACGUGUCGGUUCGAACUCCUAGGGCUUCCAUUGUUUUGGCUAGAGCUUUGGCAUAUCAUAACGAAGGAACUCCGGGGAAACUCUCCCUUGAAGAACGUCAUUCUUGAUUUGUUUUGUUUAUUUUACGGACGAUCCGCCCUUUGAAAGUUUAUACUGUAGCAGGUGGAUCGUAUCCUACUUAUUACCUCACAUCCUCCUCCCCCCAACACCCCCCCUCCUCCAAUCCACCGAGCGCGAAAUGUCAGAGGACGCGAUCCGCAACCGCAAGCUGCCCCCUACCGGAACACCCACCGGCUCCUCCCCCACCCAAUACAUGGGACCCACGCACGACGACGACAUCAAUACCAUCUCGAGGGGGAUCAGCCUCGUCGAUAUCCUACGCGUGCUUACAGGUGCCCUCCUCCUCAGCGUCGUCUUCAGCUGGUUCGUGACGGACGGGGAAUCAGUCACUUGGGGGUACAAGCCUAAGGCACUGAAGUGGAAUAACCUAAAGAAUUUAUUCAAGGCACCGUUGGUCCUGACUGACGAACAACUAUCAAAGUACUCCGGCGUGGAUCCCCAAUUGCCCAUUUACGUUGCUGUCAAUGGGAGCGUCUUCGACGUCUCAGCCUCGCCGCAGAUUUAUGGCCCCGGUGGCGCGUACGGGUUCUUCUCUGGGAGGGAUGCGGCUAGGGCUUUUGUGUCUGGGUGCUUCAAGGAUGACCUCACCUGGGAUAUGAGAGGGCUGGAGGAGAUGUUCAUUACUGGGGAUGUCAGGGAGCUGGAUGAUAAGGAGCUUAGCGAGAUUUCGAGGCUGGAGAGCACUGGGGAGAACGAUAGUCGGGUUAGGUACUUGAAGAAGCGGAGGGAUAAGCGUAGAAAGGAGGCGUGGGAGGAUGUUAAGAAGGCCAUAUCUCAUUGGGAGAACUUCUUCAAGAAUCAUGAAAAAUACUUUUAUGUUGGGAAGGUUGUGCACCCCGAUUUGAGCGGGACACCCGUUAGGGAGCUUUGCGAGGUAGCAAGAGGUAGUAAGAAGCCAUAGGCUGGAAUAGUUGGGUAGCAGGCUUUUUUCCUAUCAUAUUUAUUUGAUGUUUGUGUCGGGCGUGUCAUUCAAAAUCAUGAAAUAACAACGAUACUUUCAUUUCAUUUUUCA